CUGAGCGUGAGGGCUGAGGUCAUUGCACAGCUUAGCGGUAGGAAAAAAAAUCGACUACCGUAGCCUCCAUUUUGAGGAGUAUGAAAUAGGGGAAUCGCAUAGUUUGUAUCGACCGCUGCACAGUGACAACACAAGGCACAUCAUAAAAGCCGCCGACAUGGACGACCUGUUCAGUCCGCGAAGUCAUCCCUUCCAUGAUCAAACAUGGAGUUUUUAGCUUUACAAAUGAUACAUGAUCAUGAAUGUUGAUUGAAAGAAGGAGCCUGAACAGUACACAGGGGGAGAUCAGAGUGGGACCAAGUCACCAGGCUAAGCUCCCGGAGCUGCAACCACGUCCAGCCCCAGGUAUACAAGCACAGACAGAGAACGAAGAACUGGUGUGGAUGCCAGGAGUCAAUGACUGUGACCUGCUCAUGUAUCUGAGAGCUGCAAGGAGCAUGGCAGCAUUCGCAGGCAUGUGUGAUGGUGGAUCCACAGAAGAUGGAUGUCUAGCAGCUUCUCGUGAUGACACCACACUUAACGCGCUGAAUAUGUUACAUGCUAGCCAUUAUGAUGCAGCCAAGGCUCUGCAGCGCCUUGUGAAGAAACCUGUCCCCAAGCUCAUUGAGAAAUGCUGGUCAGAAGAUGACAUGAAACGCUUCAUCAAAGGCCUGAGACAGUAUGGCAAAAACUUCUUCCGGAUUCGGAAGGAACUGCUGCCGAGCAAGAAAACUGGUGAAUUGAUCACUUUCUACUACCACUGGAAGAAAACACCGGAGGCUGCAGGCACACGGCCAUACCGGCAGCACCGUCGACAGCCAUCCUCCCGCAAGGCCAAGACCCGCUCGUCUGCAGCCCCAGUGAAUGCCCCCUCUAGAUCCCAGUCAAUGGACCUCAGUUCAGCCAGUGAGGAUGACCUGGAUAGUGAGGACAGUGAACAGGAGAUGAAAGGCUAUGCCUGUGGUCACUGUGGAACCACAACCUCUAAGGACUGGCACCACGGGGGCAGAGAUAACAUCUUGCUCUGCACGACCUGUCGCAACUUCUACAACAAACAUGGCCGCCUGCCUCCAGCCCAAAAGCCUGUAGAUCCUCCGUUUAUGUUCAAACCUGUGAAGGAGGAGGAAGAGGGACACGGUGGGAAACAUGGCAUGAGGACACGACGCAGCAGAGCGCCACUAUCCUCUUUAAGGAGUGGUCAUAAGAGACUGACAAGCUCUCCUACCAGUGAGGACCAGCAGUCCAGUUUCCAACCAUCCCCCAACGGAGCAACUUCCACUGGCUCAAGAACCUCUGGCACUGAUAAUAAGACUGAUUCUCCUAAGAAGCCUGGAAAAUCACAGAAGGUGAAAGAGGAGGCAUCGUUACCAAAGACUGCCAAACGUGGGAGGGAGACAGCGGCCCAGGAAGCAGAGGAGCCGGAGAAAACGACACCUAAAAGGCCCAAGACACGGGAGCACCAAGAGUCACGGUCAGAGGGAGAGGCUGAGGGUGAGGUGGAAGAGGAGAGCUCUGACAGUCGCAGUGCCAACGAUGAUGGCAGCAGUGACACCAAAGACAUUGAUCAGGACAACCGCAGCUCCUCCCCCAGCAUCCCCAGCCCUCACCAGGGCAACGAGAGUGACUCUGACUCCUCUGCUCAACAGGCUGCGCAUCAAGCAGAGUCCCAGGCACCUACUGCCACCCCUCUUGACACACAGACCCCACAGACCACCCCCUCACAGGCCUCUAUCACAACCUGCCGGCCCCCCCAGAGCAUGUCCCCUCCACUGUCUGCUCAUGGCUCUCCCUCUCCAGGGCCUGCACAGCCAGUGUCUGUUCAGGCCACCGCUGGCUAUCCGACAGGGCAACACAGCCGACCUCAACCCACCCCUCACCCUCUCUCGGCCCCCUCACUGCUCCCUCCCCCUAUGGGACAAGCCUUCCCUCUGUCACCUGCAUUUCAGGGUCCACCUUGUGCUAGUUCUCACCCCAGCCUGCCUCUGCCCACCCAUGGCCCUCCAUCCCAGCGCCCUCCUCACUUCUCCCGGGAGCCCCAGUUCCCUCAGCCCCCUGCAUCUGGGCCUCAGAUCAAACCUCCUCCAACCACACCCAUCCCACCAUCACACAAGCAGCCCAUACACCUGUCUGCUACUCCUUUCCCUCAGAUGCCUUCCAACCUCCCUCCUCCACCAGCCCUGAAACCCCUCAACUCUUUGCCCAACCAGCACCCGCCAGGUGCCCCUCCACCCCCCCUCCAGCUUAUGGCCCAACCUCUGCCAAUGCAGGCUCUCCCACCCCAGCCUCCUGUGCUCACCCAGCUACAAAGCCUCCCAGGCAGAAGCAGCCACACCUCCCUGCCCUCUGCUGGUUCCUCUCACCCUGUUCCCUCCGCCUCGCCAUCUACUGUUGGCCCAGUCCCUGGCCUCCAGUCUUCCCUCUCAUCUCUUCCUCUACGCCCCUUGCCUAACACCCCCAUGGGAGGAGCGCAUGUCCAGAUUAAAGAGGAACCAUUGGAUGAAUGUGAAGAGCCAGAGAGCCCGCCCCCUCCACCCAGGAGCCCCUCUCCAGAACCUACCGUUGUGAACAUUGCCAGUCACGCCAGCCAAUCAGCACGGUUCAUCAAACACCUGGACCGUGGCUACAAUUCGUGCUCCAGGACAGACCUGUUCUUCACUCCCCUUGCGGCAUCCAAGUUGGCGAAGAAAAGAGAAGAAGCGAUGGAGAAGUGCAGGAGAGAAGCUGAGCACAACGCCCGACAAGACCGGGAGAGGGAGAAGGAGCGGGAAAGGGAGCGAGAAAGGGAGAGGGAGGCAGAUAAAAAUGCGAGAGCUUCCAGCUCCUCCCAUGACAGCCGUAUGAGUGAACCCCAGAUGUCUGGACAAGGCCACAUGCGCUCUUCCUUUGAGCAGCCCCCCACCACCGUGGCUGCAGUGCCCCCCUACAUAGGUCCUGACACACCUGCGCUGCGCACUCUCAGCGAGUAUGCCCGGCCUCAUGUCAUGUCCCCCACCAACCGCAACCACCCCUUCUUCUACUCCUUGAGCCCAGGGGAUCCCCUGCUGGCAUACCACAUGCCUGGCCUGUACAGCGCCGAGCCCAGCCUGCGAGAGCGUGAGCUCAGGAACCUGAGGGAGCGGGAGCUCCGGGAGAGGAUGAAACCAGGCUUUGAAGUCAAGCCCCCUGAGAUGGAAACCCUCCACCACUCAGCAAACCCCAUGGAGCACUUUGCCCGACAUGGAGCUUUGGCGCUCCCCCACAUAGCUGGGCCGCCACACCCUUUUGCUCACUUUCACCAUGGUCUGAACCAUCUAGAGAGAGAGAGACUGGCUCUCGCUGGGCCACAGCUGCGCCCUGAGCUGAGCUACGCAGAGCGACUGACAGCAGAGAGGCUUCAUGCAGAGAGGAUGGCCUCUGUGGCCAACGACCCUGCAGCAAGGCUGCAAAUGCUCAACGUAACGCCACACCAUCACCAGCACUCUCACAUCCACUCCCACCUCCACCUGCACCAACAAGACCCACUCAAUCAAGGUUCAGGCCCACACCCUCUGGUGGAUCCUCUGGCCUCGGGGCCUCGCCUGGCCAGGUUCCCCUUCCCCACGGGCCCCAUGCCCAACCCUCUGCUCAAUGAUCUGCCACACGAUCAUGACAUGCUACGUCACCCUCUGUUUGGAGCAUAUCCCAGAGAGCUGCAGGGCCCCAUCCCCCAGAUGUCGGCUGCUCACCAGCUGCAGGCCAUGCAUGCCCAGUCAGCAGAGCUGCAGAGGAUGGCCAUGGAGCAGCAGUGGCUUCAUGGGCACCACCACCUCCAUGGUGGACCAAUGCCUGGACAGGAGGAUUACUACAGCCGUUUGAAGAAAGAGGGUGACAAGCCAUCAUGAGAUUCCAGAUGGUGUACAUAAUAGCAGAACAGACAAAGGAACUGUGUACUUUUGACAUUAUAAGAGAAUUGAUCUUGGUGUAUCUUUUGAAUGGUUUUAAUAUAUUUCCUCAAAAAUAAUCUGUGGAUCUGUAUGCUUGUUUCUUGUUCAGCACUUAAAGGGAGGGAUGGUUAACUCACAGCCAUUGUUUGUUAGAUGGUUUGAUACUUUCUUUGAUACUUACAGUAGUGGCAUAGAAUUGUACUGUUUAUUCUAUGCAAUUUUUAUUUUCUAGAAAAGAUACAAGUCUUUUCUAUUAAUGUAGUAUUAGAAUCCUGCUUAUGUCUCUAAAUGCAUACAGUGGAAAGCACAACAGUUAUGACAUGGAAAAGCAACAUCUGUCAAACCGUGGAUUGUAAGAGAAUCAUCCCUUUCAUUUCUAAGCAAUCUAACUGAACUCCUUGUACAGAAUAACAUUUAACUUGCUGUUUGAAUGAUUAACUGUAAUAACCUUGCAUGACUGUUUCCAUUAAGUUCUUAUAAAACUAGAGUACCAAGUUCAACUGUUUGUGUUUAGACAAAAACAUUAGCAGUCUAAUUCAAAUAUUUGUCUAAAUUCUAAAGUUUUAUAUUUCAAGAUAUCUUUUCACAAUUUAACCUAAGCUCUUGCUCAUUAAUUUUUGAGAUUGUAAAUAAUAUAUGUUCAAUAUUCUAUAUUAUUAACUAUGAUUAAUAUUAGGUCUCUUGACUCUUGACUUUCAAGCUGGCACAGUAAAGUUAAAUUAUUUAGCUAUAUACGAAUAUAGCCUUAUAAGGUGAGACAUUGUAAAUUGAGUAUAACUUACGUCACCCCUGACAGAAAAAAGUGUCUAGAACAAUGGAUGCAGAUAGUACUACAGUAUAAUAGAUUUGGAUAGACAGAUAAUAAAGGUAUUUAAACCUUGGUGUCCCAAUGGAAAAAUCCUGUUUGAAUUUUGUGAAAUGACAUAUAAAAAAAUAUUGUAUGAAGUGUGUAUUUAUUUGAAUAAAUACAUCUGCAAUUA